GUCCCCACCGGGGCUAACAUUUACACCUACCCACACGACCGUCGGCGUGCUCAUUCCGUAGCAGACUGCUGCACCGACCGGACGCACGCGACCGCGCGACAGAUCAAAAACAAUCGUUGAAAAGGCAGCACGCCGAGGCUACCCGUAAAACGAGAGAGCUAUAUCCGUGAAAGCGCACGAGGUGUAUGCAGUUUUCCAGUCGACACAGCGAUACAACGUGGACUGCGUCGUACCGACGAUCCAGCACUGGCCACACGUCAUCUCCACGAAUCGUCCGAUUUCAUCGAACACGAAAAACCGAUCGCCGUCGCUCCGACACGUAAUCGACCCAGGCGGCAACUAGAUCCUCGAUCUUUUCCUCCAGCAAAGACAGUUUGCGUGCGUUUGUCCAAAUAAAUAACAAUUGUAAAAGAUAAUUUGUUUGUGAUUUUCAAUUAAUAAAGACAGAAAAGAGAGAGAAAAAAAAAAAAUCAGCGCGAAAAUAGCGCGCAAAGUGCCGGACGAAAUCGACAGUUGGAAGGGUUAAACGUGUUCGUCGCCGCACCGAGGGACCGUCCAGUUUGAACUUUCCAGAAAGACGGAGCGAGAAAGACGAGGACGAGGCUCGAGUGUGUACAGUGCGAGGAAAGGAAGGCUUCUUCGCGUGGAAUAAAGAGGAAUAGUGUGCGGGCUCGCUAGUGCCGGCUGCUGUCGAGAUGGCGUUUAUGAUGCCUGUUGUGAAAAACGAGUGGGACAUUUACAAGACCAACCGUAGUCGACGAUCCUCCGAGUGCUCGAAUCCUCAGGCUUGUCGAAGUAGGAAGGUGUCGGAAUGCUCGAAAUCCGAGGGCCCUUCGUUGUCCACCUCGCCAGGCUCGGACUUCUUGACGUCCCCGGCUCACCGUUCGGUCCCCCUCACCUCGCGCCACUUCUCGAGGACUUCCUCGAGGGCGUCUCAAAGUUCGCUGCAGAGCCCUAGCAAGAGCACCGGCUCGUCACCGCCGAAAACCGGCAGCUCGAGCUCCUUGAACAAGUUCCACAACCGACUGGUCGACAAGUUGAAGAAGUCGUUGAAGAAGGCUGAGGACAACGCAGAGGACCAGAGAAACUUGUCGUGAAACAGCCAGGGGGUUUCGGGCCGGCCACCGAUUCCCGGCUCGAAACCGAUCGAGAUCCGACGCACCUCAGCACCCGUUGCCGCCCCCACCAAGAACAGCAACGUGGUCGCACGAUCCUGCCCGGAUCCGUCGCCCUCGGCAUGGUAAACUUAAACAAUAGCAGCAACAACAACAGCGGCACCAGCAACAGGGACAGGAGCAGAAGUGCUAAACGAGAAACGAAGCGAACGGAACAAGGGAAAGUCUCCUGUUCGGUUCGCCACCACGACGACGAUGACAUCGAUGAAGAGCGAAACGAUCGUGAAAAUCGGAAGAAAAGUCAACUGCCGAAAUCGUCUAAAGUCACGAUCGUUCGAAAAGAUCCUUGGAACGUGCAGUCGUCGUUGAGGAAGUAUCGAAGAUCAAAGAUCACCAGCGAGCGGAAGAUUUUGAGAGAAGAUUUUUCCAAGGUCAGCGGAAUCGUUUCGAUCGCUUCGAAAGAAGAUCUCGCAAGAGUUGGAGACAUCGAGGCCGACGUUGCUUCCAGCAGCCGAACACAAUCUGGUACCCAGUAGGUUGCUACGCUCUCUUCUACGUUUCUCCUCCGACCAAGCAGAAACCUCGCGAAGUUAAACUAAACGAAAAAAAAAAAAAAAAUCAAUUCAAUUCCUUUUCCUCCUCUAAUUUCUCCUGAUUGGAUCGUUAUUCACGAAGAUGCCCGUUAACUUCGAUCGUACAGAAGAAUUCGCAACAGAUCGUUUUCGUGUUUCAUUUUCAGACCAGCAAAAUGGGGAAGCAAACGGAGAAAAGCUAAAGAUACAGAAUCGAUCGACAGCCGCGGCUUUCCUUUCUAAAAAUCUUAAUAACAAUCGGAACGAUCGCGGGAACCGCGAUUUCUUUCUGAUAACUGUGAGAAUCUGUUUAGGAUGAUGCAGGGAAAGAAAAAUAAUUAAGGAGACGAGAAAGUGAGAGAGAAAGGAGAGAGCAACAAGGGAAGAACGAGUCGCUACUCGAUCCAGAAGGAGGCUCUUUUUAACGAGCAACGAUCGCGAUGCAAACCGGAAGACGAGGGAGCACGAGAGAAGAGAACCGACGAAGAGGUGGCAUCUAAACCAAGGGAAAGAGAGGUACAUAAUCGCGACGGGAAUUUCGUCGUUCUCGAUAAUGGCGUGUACGCGUUCAAGUGUGCAUUCGCAGGCGUGCAAGUCGCGCAAGGUUCGCGGCCAAAUCGGGAUCGUUACAAGAUCUCAAUGUCCGCGCCUGAAAAAAAGCUUAGUUCCUUCGUUCGUACGUUAUCGCGCGUAUAGAAUCUUUAAAAAACGACUCGAUUUAAGCGUCACACGCGACAUUAUUUUUCGUUUCAUUAAAGAAAUCGAUCGUGCCGCGAGCGGAUUCUUGAAUCAUACCGAUCUUUCGAAUUUUUCUCGCGGUUCGCUUUCGUUCGAAUUCUCCACGUCGAGCUUUUCACUCGUUACGCAAACGAUAACCAUGGUGAAUGUGUGUUUUUGAAACAUUAGGACCGGCUGAGAGAAAGAAAAAACAGGCGUCGACUAAACGAGGCGUAACUCGGCUCCAAUUCAAGGGAGCUGUUCCCGUAAGAGCUUCUCGCACACGGACAACCGGAAACGCUCGUUUUCGUCGUUAACGUUCGGAUCGUUUGCUGCCUUCAAAAGGGAAUACGCGUGCGUGCGCGCGAAAAAGAAAUGAAAAUAAAGUAAAAUAAAUCUGCAAGCAGAUAGAGAAACAGGGGUCACAAUAUAUAACAUAUACAUAUAUUAUAUUAUACACAUAUAGGUGAGAGCUGAUGAAAGGAACGGCGCCUAAGGAGAGACUUAUUUUAAUCGCGCAUCGUUCGAGCGAGAGAUAUUAGCUGUACUUACACACGUACAUAUUUAUUUUCAAACUUUUGUUACGUCGUCUCGCGAUUCUUCCAGGCGAUUGGAAGAUCUACGCGAGCAGCAAUUACCGUGUCGAGACGAUACUCGUGUACUCUUAUUAUUGGAAAACUUUCGAUGCAUCUCCAAUCGGUUCGAUUCGAUUCGAUUUGUUUUCGUUCGCUCGAUUCGGUUUCCGAUUCGGUUCGCAGUUGAUGAUAUAAGGCGAAACACGUUCACGGUAUCGUUUCGACGCGAUCGUAUUCGCACACGACACUCUAGGCUAGAGGUGACGAUAUUAAACCGCGAAAGAGAUAUUUUCUUAAAAAACGAUCCUCGCAGUGUGUGUAUCGAGAUGUGUGUGUAUCGUAUACCGCUUAUUUCCUCUGUCCCGCGCCCGAGGUACUCGAUUUUGCUGUUUUGAUUAGUCGUUACGAAGCGUUUGUUAAAUUCUUGCAUAGUAUAAACGCAUUACUUCCGUCGGAAAUUAAGCGAUCUGUUAUCCGUUCUACGUCGAACAAUUCUUCUAACCGAAUUGAUCAAAAUCCCGGGAAAUCGAAGAUGAAGAAGGAGAAAAGUGUCCUCGAAAUUCGGACGCAGAACGACGUCUUUCGAAGGCAUCGAAUGAAAAAUCACAGAGAUACCUUACGUGUAAUUUCAAGAAAAAAAAAAAUAUACAUAUAUAUAUUAAAUUCGUUUCUAACGCGCGAUGAAAAUAAUCAUAGACCAAAGAAUAAGAGUGGUUGCCUUUCCCGCGCAACUAUGUCUUAUCGAUUACGCUUCUAUUCUUUUCCAUCGAGCAGUCGAAGGUACGAUGUAAUAUUGUUUGUUUUCCGUUAAUUGCAACGUAGCUACAAACGUCAGCAAGAUUAUCGACUCAUUUUCGAUUCGACAGUAUUAAGUAUGUCACGCGUAAGAUAAAAAGUUUUACGUCGAAAGCAUAGUGAUACACCGACGACAUCUUCUGCGUCCACCAUUUGCCCGUAUUUUUCGUUGUCAGACAAAAGAAGAAGAAACAAGAGAAAGAAAGAAAAAAAAAAAGAUACGAAGUAAUAUUACGCGUUUCCUCCUUAUCGUUUUUUGCAAAAUUACGAAGUGGGAGCAAUUAAACGAUACCGCGUGUAACUCUGUGAUACCGUAAGCUAUAAGGUAGAAUUAUUUUGCAACGAUCGUAUAAAGCGAAAAAUGAAAAUAAAAAAGAGGAAAAAUUGUUGUUGAGGAGAUGUUUAUUGUUACGACGAAAAUUCGUACGAACGCUUCGAUUCUCCGUCAAUCAACGCGCGUUUUUUGACAGCGGAAGCGAGAAGUUCCUUCUUCGUUCAGCGAAAUAAAAUGCAUCGAAACGGCUCAAAUUGCAUUUUAUUCGAAUUCUCUGUAAAAAUACAGACGAACAAAGGGAAUUUGACAAAAUAUAUAUAUAUUUCCUGAAGCUUAAGUAUCUUUCUUUAAUUAGUAACCAUGGCAGUAAAUCGAUGGGGCGCAAAAUUAGAAGAAAAGAGGAAAAAUUCACGAAUAAGCUGAAUGCUACGUAGGGAACCGAUCCGCUAAUGUUGUCGUUUCAUGUAAGACUGCUUUAGAAAAACAGAAAAAAAAAAGAAACAAUAGAAUUUACCGAUCGGAUGUUAUAAAACGUGGUGCUUGGCGGAACGUUGGAACGCGCGGAGGAUCGCGCAGAAUCGCGAAUUUCCGCGACGAUUUCCCGCUCCAUCGUUUCGUCGGUUAAUUUGUACUGAUUAGAAACAGUGGUGUUAUUAGAGUUUAAAGAUUGACGAGAUAAUACGAUCUAUUUAUUACGGCGGCCUCGGACCGCGGAGUAAACGUGGAUUGGGACUCUUGGUUUUUCUUAGCUUCUUUACGCGUAGCGUUUUGCCCUUUUGUCGGUGAAAAUGUUUUGUAAAACGUUCGUUCAAUGUAAACGAUGAUAGGCUUAAAAGUAUAUAUUUUCUAGCUGCUCUUUUUUAGCUCGAUCCACUUUCAUUCUACGGUCACAAUGUUCGCGCGAUUACAAAGCUAUAUGAAUAUGUAUACACGUAUCAAUAUAUGUGAACAUAUAUAAGUAUAUUUGCAUGUAUUGAUAUAUCAUACAAUGCAUACUUACAUACAUAUAUAUAUAUAUAAAUAUUAUAUAAUUUAUUAUUCGACGACUUAACUAUUUUUUGUAUUACUAUUGCAACUAUUUUACGGUUAUUCGUUAUACCUCACUCGGGAUAUUUUGAGCUGAUUUUUAGCGCGUGGCUGAGGAGAUGAAAGCUACGAGUAAUCUGGAGAAAUUUUUUGUUUUCACAUAUGUAUAUAUUAAAGCACGAUAUUCGAACUGAAAAUAAAACACCGUGGUACACGUAGAAUAAAAGAUUUUUAACGGCCUGAAGCAACCUAAAAUUUUAUCGUAGUACGCACUUUUCUUCUUUUUAUUGAAAUUACUUAAAAUAGUAGAGAAAAGUGCUUUUCUCCGGGCUAAUUUUCUUUUGUUAAUUGUUAACGAGACGAUCGCUCAAGGCCCUUGCUCCUCAUCCAUGACGAUUGAAUGUCACUGCCAAAAUCCCCAGGAUUACAUAAAAAUGUAGCGUGUACAUGGUUGAUAGACUCGAGGAACGGCUGUCGUAUUUUUCACGACAAAUCGUCCUCCGCCAUCGCGAACCUCUAUCAUCCCCUCACUAUCUUUCGAUUUUUACCUUCUGUAUUUAUUAUUCCUUUUUUCCUACAUAGCGGCUUCAUUAUUGAACAAAUAAACCCGUAACGCUCGCUUUUCUGCGGUCUCGAAACUGUUUUCGAAAAUGACAAUUUUUCAAAGCCCUAUUAUCUUAUCUCCUAACGAAUUUGCAACGAGUACGAUCAUCGUCGAAAGAGAAGAAAAAAGAAGAAGAAAAAAAAAAAGGUAUGAAAGAAAGCGAGAUGAUGGGUGCACAUUCCAUAAAUAUAAUUAUACCUACUUGUAUAAGGUAAUGAAUCCGUUAGCGUUUGAUAUAAGACAUUCAAGUAAGGAUAUUACAAGCGAAGAUAAUAAAUGACUAAUGUAUCUAAAGUUUGAAAGCUUACAAUAGACUCGGUUUAUCAUUAUCAUGUAUCGUGAUUUUUAUGUCAUGUUCAAUAAAUGAGUUUUAAAAUA